AUGUCAACCGUAGAAUCUGUUUAUCAAAUCAUAUUUCCAUGGUUGAUUAAAUUACCGACAGCUCAAAAUAGAAAAUUCUUUGAAGCUAAUAAAGAAUUUAAUGAGUUCAUUUCUGAUAUUAUUAAGACAAGGAGAGAUGAAGUUGAAAAUCAGAAUGGUUAUAAUAAUGGUCGAGUCGAUCUGUUAACAAGUAUGCUGGAGCUUAGCAACCAGGAGGGAAUUCAUACUGAUUCAAAGCAAUUAAGAGAUGAGAUGGUGGGCUUUUUCGUUGCAGGCCAUGACACAACUUCAAUGGCGUUAAGCAGUUCGUUAUAUUUUCUUGCAAAAUAUCCGGAAAUGCAAGAAAGAGCACGAGGAGAAGUAAUCAGUGUACUUGGAAACGAACCAAUUAUUCCUACAACGGAACAAUUAAAGGAAAUGAAAUAUAUCAAUGCAGUUAUUAAAGAAUCCUUACGAAUUUAUCCGCCAGCCGCAGCAAUAGUCCCUCGAAAACUAACAAAGCCAAUGAAAAUUGGUCCUUAUAUUCUACCAGCGAACGUAUUAUGUACCAUGAGUAUUUGGCAAAUGAACAAUAAUCCAAAAUAUUGGGAAAACCCUGAACAAUACAAUCCUGAAAGAUUUUUAAAUAAUAAAAAGGUUCACCCACUUUCUUGGGUUCCAUUUUCUUCUGGUGUAAGGAAUUGUGUUGGUCAAAACUUCACUUUAAUGGAACAAAGAGUUAUUCUUUCAAUGCUUUUGCUCAAGUAUAAAUGGACCCUUCCUGAAAACAGCAUCAAUAAGGACAAGUUGUUACUUGAGCCUCAAUAUUUAUUAAGGCCUGUUGAUUUAAAACUUGUAUUUACUGAAAGGAACACAUAA